AGGGGAACGGAAGGCAGCAGCCUCCGGCGUCACGUGAUCAGGCUCCCUCACGUGACCGGUUAAUGGACGUCGCGGCCUGGUGACGUUUCCAGAGGGAGGUGCUCCGGUGCCGCGGCGCAGAGCGAUGACGUAGCAGGGGGCGGCCGGCGGCGGGGAUGGAGGAGAAGGAGCAACUGCGGCGUCAGAUCCGCCUGCUGCAGGGUCUCAUAAAUGACCAUAAAAACAUCCAUGGAAAUGCCCCAGUGCCCUCGCCCUCCAGGACUCCAAGGUGGAGAAAUCCCAGGCAGACUGCCUUCAACAGUCAGGGAGCAUUCUCUACAAGAUAUUCUCAGCAAGCUCCAAGGGAUUUCCAGUCACAUCAAGGUAACUCCUGGAGGAAAAAGUACUCCCUUGUAAACAGACCGCCUGCACCAACAUAUCAUCCUGGAAGCAGUGCAUCUGCUAACACACUUCAGGCUUUUGGGAGCCAAAGGAAUAGCCAGCCUCCUGGGCCACAGGGAACAGGCUCGGAAAGGCAAGUGGGCUUAGCAGCAGGUGGUAUAGUCAUAGGAGUCAAACUGCCACAGAGAACUAGCUCAGCCUUGGACAAUAGAAACGUUAGUGAGUUGGGAUCCCAGCAGGGUUCCUCUAUGGUAAAAGUAGCCAUAGCUGCUCCAAAAGGAGCUGAAAAGGUUCAUGAAAGUUCUAGCUUUCAAAGUGUUGCUCAAAAAGAGGACAAAGAAACGUCUCUCUCUGUCUCCCAGAGUUCAUUGCGCCAGCAUGCUGUUGCUGGAGGCAGAGAUGAUGCAAGCCCAGCAUAUCCAAAGGAACUGGGCAAACUUCGGACUGCGAAACUGGCUAUAAGUGCCCCUGAGUUACAUGAUGUUAUCUGUGAAAGUGCCGUAGCAUUAAAAUCCAAGCCUCAGCAGCCUUCAGCUCUUCUUGAUCGAGAAUCAGGCUGGCUGGUAGCCUGGAAGAAGCCAGUAGCACAGGUUCCAGCUCACUGUAGCUCAGAGCAAGUCACGGCAGGAAGAGAUACUUUGAAGGAGCCAAAGACCCUUGGAAAAUCUGAGGAGCGCACAAGCUCAGUUCAGGCUGUGACUUCAGAGGCUGGGAUAAACCCAGCGAAGAACCAGUUUGCAAUACCACACAAGCUACCCAGUUUCCAAAGAGCUGCCUCAACGCCAGUGUCCAGCAAAGCUUCUAAGUUCAGGAAAACUAACUAUACGUGGGUAGCAAAUCCUAGUAAAUGGCCCUGUGCUGUAAAGAGAUGGACCAGCCCUAGAGCUUCUGAAAGCACUAGGAAGCUUUCUGUGGGAGCAGAGAGAACUGCUAAGCCACUGCCAAAGGGGGACUUGGGAGCAAAGCAGAAGAAAUCCGGAGUGCAUUUGAAAUUGGAUGCCUCUCCUAGUAAGUACAAAUGGAAAGCAUCUAGCCUACAGCCACCUUCUUCAACUUCCAAGUCAGUAUUCAAGUGGCAGUCUGAGGGACAAAAGGAGGCUGGAGUCUCCCAGGUUUCCAGAGCCAACUUUGGCCUUCAGACUGUAAGCAACGCAUCCAUUGGUCAUGGUGGGUUGAAGUCCUCUUUCAACGAUACUGCACUUUCCACUUAUAAAGUGAAGAGCCGGACCAAAAUCAUCAGGAGAAAGGGGAGUUGCUGUUCCCCAACAGAUAAGAAGAGCAACUCCUUCACCACAAUGCCCCUGAAAAGCCACUACUCUCUCAGGAAAAGAAACUCCCUGCGGGGAAGACCUGCACCAUUGAAGAGAACCCUGCCCAAGGAGCUGGUGCAGAUCACCAAGCACAGGCUAUGCAGGCUGCCAGCCUCUAGAAUGCACAUCCCAGCCAAAGAAGGGUCCAGCUUGCACCUUGUAAGGAGCCCUGGGGCUAAUAAAGUCGUACAGACUCGCUAUAGGAUAGUGAAGAAGAAUGUGGCUUCGUCUCCAAGUUCGUCGUCAUUCUUCAGCAUUCCUGUUCCCAGCUGGAAGACAAGGCGACUUGUGACAUCCAGAUCUCUGGUAUUAAACCAAAUGCGCCAGUCAACCCUAGGCGGCAAAUCCCAGCAGCUGCAACAGAGUUGGAGGAACAAAGGCUUUUGCUAUAUAGGAGGCGUGAUGUACAGGGUAUCAGCAAAUAAACUGUCCAAAACCUCCAGCUCCCCGGUCAGGGGUGGCGACCUGAGUCACAAGCUCCACAGUAGAACAGCAAGGUUGGAUUGUACAGCCAGCAGCCUCGGUUAUUCUCCUCCCAGCUCUCUGCACAGAUCAGCUACAAGCCGAUACAUUGCCAGCCGAGCUGUUCAGCGGAGUUUAGCCAUCAUUCGUCAGGCCAAGCAGAAGAAAGUGAAGAAGGAGUAUUGUAUGUACUACAACCGCUUUGGCAAAUGUAACCGUGGGGAGAGCUGUCCCUACAUCCAUGAUCCGGAAAAAGUAGCUGUCUGCACCAGAUUUCUCCGUGGCACAUGCAAGAAGACUGAUGGGACAUGUUCAUUUUCACACAAAGUUUCUAAAGAUAAGAUGCCAGUGUGCUCAUACUUCCUGAAAGGAAUCUGCAACAACAGUGACUGUCCCUACAGCCAUGUCUACGUGUCCAGGAAAGCCGAAGUGUGCCAGGAUUUCCUCAAAGGCUACUGCCCCCUGGGCAAAAAGUGCAAGAAGAAACACACACUGGUGUGCCCAGACUUUUCCAAGACCGGCAUCUGUCCGAAGGGCUCCCAGUGCAAACUCCAGCAUCCCCAGAGAAAGCAUCACCCCAGACAGCCCAGCACCGCAGGUGACUCCAGCCAGGGCAGGUCAUCACCGAAGUGGAGGAGGCUGGGAGAGGAGGCAGUGAGGAGGGAUGCAGCCCACCUUCAGGAUGAUGGGGAGAUUCCUGGACCCUCCAGCGCAGAGCAGGGUGUAAAGUUUCGGAGUGACACAGACACCCCAGCAUGCAGCAGACUUCAGAAGCUCCCAUCUUUCAUCUCUCUCCAGUCACCUACCUCUCCAAGAGGGGUGACACACACCGCAGACAGAGACAAGACAGGGGAGGAUACAGGGAAGCCACUGCAGAUCAAGCCCAGGCUGUGAGGUCAGCUCCCUGGAUUCAGCAUCUCUCCGGCCUCCUCAUGCACUGGUCCAUCCAACAGUCCAGCAGCCGAACGCCUCAGGAAACGCAGCGGCCAGGCUAGGCCUGGCACCUACCUCAGGACAGCAAGACGGGAGGAGGCUUCCUCCUGAUUUGUGUUCCUUUUCGAUACGUUCAUUUGGCCCGGAACCCGGUAACAGUAAAUGUCCCAGGUUCCCCCAGCCCCGUCGCGCAGGGAGGCGGCUUUGUAAGCGUUUUAAUUUUGGAAUAAAUGAUCUUUUAAUCUGGUUUAUUUAAAACAACCCCCUUCCCAAGCCCCUGUUUAACUUCAGCUUGCCUGGUCAUUCUUGAGUUAGCAUGAAUGAACUGUUGUGAUCAGAUUAGGCUAAGUGGGGCCCAUUGAUCAUACCUGCAGCCCUUUGCACCCGGGUUCUUGGUGGUGUGUUUGGAGCUUUGCCGUUGCAGUAAUUCUCCUCACAGAGAUUUGAAGAAGGCACAGGGAUUAAAGAAACCUAACUCUGUUUCUCUUUAGUGCCGGGAAGCCGCAUUGCCCAGUUGGGUAUAUUUCAACAGUGCUGUCUGUUAGUGGGAAAUUAUACUGCAUGAUGAGAGGCUGGAGGACUUCAGCCAGCCAAGAACUGCAGCAAUUGCCUAGAAAUGAGGGUGUGCGCAUCUUACAACCAUCAGGAUAGGAAUUUGUUUUGUGGGUGAGGGGUGCGCAAGGGGGCUGUGGCUUCCUGUAGCCAUGUGCUUAAGGGAUAUGUGUGACCCAAACAGAACAGCCACAUGAGGUGAGCUCUGAAACCAUUUCAGAGAAACAGUUAUGCCUUUGUGCCAAAAAAUAUUGUGUGUUGGGGAGGGAGGGGGGAAGCAUUUCUGAAAUGGAAAUGCAAGCCCCCUAAUAUCUAAUGCACGCGGAGGAGUCUGUUUGCUAGUGAUUUGUCUGCAGCUGACAGGGCCUAAGAAAACCCUGUGAUCCUGCGGUGUGCGGUGGGGCUUUGCAGGGCGCUCACCUUCCCCCAUCCCUGUACCCCUCCAAGAGGAGAGGAAACCGCAAGGAGAUGCGGCAAGACUAAGAAGACAGAAGGUGAAGUCUGUAGUCAGUGUGGUGGUUUCCAUGCCGCUGCUUUCAGUGAGCGCUGCCUUGUGAUCCAGCUGCUUUUCCCAUCUGUAUCUGGUUCAUGCAAAGAGGCGAGGAAAGCAGUCUGGUUAAGUAUUCCAGGGGAAAAACGAGGCUUGUAAAAGCCAAGGAUGACAGAGUAUCUAGUCAGGAAAGAAAGAGGAACCGAGGACUCUGAAUUAGACUUUUGUUAGUGGUGAUUUCUCCUCUUCUCCACUGUGGUAAUAGCAGGGUGCAAGGACACAGGUAUUUAUGGAACAUGGGCCUCCCACAAAGGAUUUAGUGCCCUUCUCAAUGUGUGUUGAAUUCCAGGUCGUUCAGUUCAGGUCCAGGGAAAAUAACCUGUUUUCUUGGUUUAGAAGCCAGCAUUCUCUAAUGAUCUCACAGGUUCAUAUAAUGAUUGUUUAGUGUGUCAGAGACGCUGUCUGCUUAGUUCCCAAAUGUACAGGCCAAAUGCCCACCUGGAUAAAUCCACUUCGGCCCCAAGAAGAGUUUGUAAUAUUCAGAGCUCCUUGGUUUCUUUAUUUUUAACUGGUGUGUUUACUGUGGGUCAGACUCUAAUGAAAUGGAGCCCCAGUGCUGUGCUGAGAGAUGAAAUCAAGACAACCAGCAUUUGGUUUAAAUGUAGAGCUGACCCAUACCACCCCCCAGAGCCAAACACAUUUGCACCAGCUCUGCCUUUCUCAUAGGGCUCCUAUUCUGAUAUUGGCCUGAGCCGGACCCCUGGAUCCAGAUACCCCAAACUUGGGACCAUUCCAAAUCCAAAGUGUGAUCUGGGUCUGACUUUCACUCUCUUUAAACAGGUCCAACCAAAGCCCAGCUUUGGGGCAUUCAGAAUCAGGAUCCAGACUGAGCAGCCUCCACCUGUCUCUAGUUAAAACCAGACACAUUUGCUAAAAAGAGUUCGCAACUUUUCAGCAUGCGUAAUGUGGAUACUGAGUUGCUUGACGUUGACACAUUUUGUCACGUAUCCCUCUCGCCCCCCAGGAGAUGACCUGGAGCUGGGAUCCAGUUUGCAUUAGUAUAAAGGUACAGUUAUCACAUGCCGAUGCCUUUUUCUCUCACGGUGUCCGAUCGUCCAAAGUUCCUCCAGCAGCGUUAGUUACUCAUCACGGUAGCAUCUCUCGGUCACUUUGCAUAUCAAGCCAGCUGCCAUGGAGUUUGAUUGAAAUUUUUGCGGUGAGCGGUGAAAUUUCCCCCCUUCUGUGAAUCUGCCUGGCUCAUCUCCUCCCUUCACCACAGAGCAACAAGCUAAUAAAAGAUUGAUUGUAACUAUAAUUGCAAUCUGCCGAGGUCAGCAUUUCCUCCCCGGCUCCUCGCUGCACUGAGGGACGGAGGGAGCAUGAGGGGGGUCGUUAGCAAACACCCAGUUGAUUGUGCUGUUUUUAUUUUCCCCACUCCGUUUCUUUAUCUCUGUGAUUUAGCAUCCUGUCGAUGUGUGUUCCUGCAGAGUGGAGGAGUGCUGGCCGGGCAACUUACCGAGGGCGCGGCAAGAGGAGAACUGCAGGUGCAGUUUUUCUCUUUUUUUGUCUCCAUCAUUUUAAACUUUAGGGGGUGGAGGUGAUUUUUAAUGGGUGUCACUAAGUUUCCAAGGAUAGUUCCAGAAAUUCCUAUCAAAUCCAGACAUUACCAUCUGAUCCAGCAUGCAAAAAGCACUGAGAACCCCAUAAGAAAUCCCAGUGGCAUAACCUAAUCUGCAGUGAAGCCAAGGAGAUCCAUACAGGACAUGUCACAUCAUGGGAGCGCUAGGACCUCAAGAUCGAAAGCAUCUACGGCAGCCAGGAAGAUCCCCAGUAGGACUUCACACGCAGGGAAUGGUCAGUGAGAACCUUGCUUCGGUGGGGUCCCCUGGAAUUAGGUCAGAGGAUAGUCUAAGCAUUCGGUGAUAGUGGACCUUAGGGCCAAAUUUGUCUCUUGGUCACACUUAUGCAAGACAAUGAGGGCUGAAUGGGAAUAUCUGAAGGCAAACUUUGGCCAUCAUUGCUGCUUGGGAGAUAGAGGCUGGAGAAGUAAAUAUUAUCAAGGCAAAUUCAUCUUAUGACUAAGAGCCAGCCUCAGUUUCCCCAUUAGACCUUCCUGACAUGGGGAGAUACAGAGGGUACAGGGCAAAGGAAAAUCCUGAACUGAGAGGUCCUAGGAAAGCACCAAGAGGGCUUGUCUCCUUCCAAACUCCUCCCUCUUCUAGUAGGGUGUCCUAGUUAGUAGCUCGGUAUCAUUAAAUGGAACUCUGGGGCAGGUGGUUUGGUUCUCAUUCCUCAGACGGGCAGCCUCCGUCGACACACGCAAUGGGAGGUUAGCGAAAUCUCUCACCCUCGCGCCUGCCAAAAGCGUACGGGGACUGCUGUGUGUAAAUAAAAUACAGACACGCAUAUGUUCCGGCCGACUGCUACCCAACUGACCGCGUAGCCAGGGAGCCAACAGUGCUGCCCCGGCGUCACCAGUAUGCCCCCCUGGAAACCCCUGGAUUGCGAGGCAUGCACAGGAUUCGGUCAGCGUGUUUAUCAGCGAACGGGAAGAAAGCAGAGUUUGCGUGUGAACUCGCAAAUCCAGUAGCCAGGCACUUUUUAUUUUCAAGGUCUUUUGGCAACAUAUUUCCCUGGGGGAGCUGUGCUCUCAGGUGCAGCAUCCUCGGGUUCACAGUGACGGGAGAAGGGCCUGUAAUGUAUUCUCUUGGGGACAGUCAGCCGCCAGAUGCUUCGCCCUCAGGUUUGCAGUGGUUGCAGAGGGGUCUGUAAUGUCUGUGUGUCUUUCCACCAAGGUUUCAACUAUUUUUUACCCCAUUUUCUUGCAGGGGCGACAGAGAUGCUAGGAGGCCGAGUGAAACUGAGGUCACGUAGUAAGUCAGUAGCUGGUUGAGGUUAGAUCCAGGGAAGUUUCUUGCCUUGAUAUAUAUUUUAUAGCCAAGCUGUUGUGUGUUCUGUACGGUAGAGGCUUCCUUGGCUCUGCUGGUGUUACAGGUCCCUGCUUGGACAGUUACAGGUCCCUGCUUGUCUCUGCUCUGCAGUGUUCUCCUUCCUUGACUUUAUCAGGCAGAGAUCAUGGCUAUCCUGGUCUGUACAUGCCUGCCUGUGUUACCGCCAUGCGAUGUGUUACCUGUGAGUCAGCAUCGCUGAGACGUAAUGUUCAACCCCGCUGGUGCACCAUCCAGGCUGAGCUAACACCCAGGGCCGCUGGCUAUCUCAUCCAUUCAUUUGCUCUGCUCCAGGGUAGGAUGAUGUAAGGUUAACAAUCCUCUUUAGGGACAAUGGGCUUGAUCCUGCAAGGUUCUGAGCACCCUUGACUCCUGGUGAUGGCAGCAUGUGAGGAGGGUGCUCAGCCCUUCACAGGUGGUGCUCCCCACCUCCAGCACCAGGCCCAUAUUCUGCUCUAGCUCCCUGCCCCCAUCUACGGCCGUGGGAAUUUUGAGCCUGUUAGAUUCCUUGGGGAUCAAUUCAGUUCAGGUGUUGGGGUGGGGACUGGCUCGUUCCUCUGCCAGGGCUUGGGAUGGAGUUGAUACCAUGUAACCGUAUCGUUUUGAUUUGGUGCUUGAUGUUAACGUCACCGUAUUUACUUCCAGGGCAGGACAGAUUCCUGUCGGGGGGAAAUUAUAUAUGCAGAGGCUUGGAAAGCUGUAGUAGCUCAGAGAGCUUCUGACUUUUCCAAGUACCAGCUGCCACUCUGAAACUUUCAGGAAGAAACGUCUCUUUAAGGGGGCUGAGGCUGGUUGUUUAUAGGGUGUGAGUUACACUGCAGGAUUUGUUCCAGGAGGGACUGACAGAUAGUGUUUCGCUCAACUGCCCAGCGUAUCAGCUCUCGGAUCAUGUACAUUCACUGGCACGAAGUACAACCAAAGCUGCCAUGUAACUAAUUUCCAAACCCGAAUGCUUUGGCACAAAUCACUGCUAUCUUCGUGGGCUCACUCUGUGCUCAGCAGAGGCAGGGAGGGAGCAUGGUCCAGGGGUUAGGGUAGGUGACUGGGCAUCAAGAGACUUGGGUUCUAUUCCCAAUUGUGACUUGGGCACAUGACCCCUCAGUUUCCCCAUUGUGAUGUUACACACCUUUGUGAAACACGGUGACAUCGACAGCACUAAAUGCAACCGUUUGGGAUUCUCAAAAAUUCUGUGAUUACUGUACAACUGCCACGUGGACCCCGCUGCGUCCUGCAUCCUUCGUUGGAGCGAGACAACCCAUCUAGGCAUUGUCACACCCAGAGCCCUCGCACGAGGACACUUCCAUCCGAGUGGUCAGUGAACCCAGCACCCUGCUGCUGCCUUGCCGUUGGUGCAGUCCUCUGGACAGUGGUGUCACUGCGCAGGAUUUAAAAGGACAGAUGAGAACGUUGGGCAGAAGAUUCUUGAGUGCUUGACGGUUAUACGUGAACCCACACUUAGUCAUGCCAUGUAUUAUAAGCCACCAAGAAGGGUCAUGCUCAAAGGUUGCAUGCGGAUAACACAGCCCACCUAGCUCCAGCCCUCAAAAGCAAACGCCUGCUCCCUCCCUGGUGAACUGUGACACUGAAGUGAAAGCCAGAGAUGACUCCAGCUUUCUGUGUUACCCAGGCAGGCAAUGUGGAAAUGACUUUGAAUUUCCCCCUUAAAAAACAAUGUCCUUCCUCCAUGGGUAUGUCUACGCAGCAACUAGACCCCCGUGGCUGGCUUGUGCCCGGCAACUUGGGCUUGGACUGAGGGGCUGUUUCACUGCUGUGUAGACAUCUGGGCUCGGGCUGGAGCCUGGGCUGUAGGACCCAGAGCUCGGGCUUAAUGAAACACCCCCACAGCCUGAGUCAGCUGGCACAGGCCAGCUGCGGGUUUUUCUUUGCUGCGUAGACAUACCCCGUGAGAGCCACCUGGUGUUUCCUAGUUUGUUAAGGAGCACCAAGGUUGGGGGUAGGGCUGGUCCAGAAGAUCUUUAGCAAAUGGAGGGGAGCCGGUGGAUUUCGGAGGGGCUAAAUGAUAGCUGAACUUACUUUGCGGUUGCCCGCUCUCCCCUUCCACACAGUCCGGUUGUAGGGUGGGCUGCUCCCUGGUGCAUGGGUACAUUCAGCACAUAAAUGAAUGGGAGCAAACCUCAGAUGUAAGCUCUGAAGGCUGCAGUCAACUCCCUGCCACUGCUCCUCAUUCCGGUGCCAAUGGGAAGCAUCUUGGAGCAUCCUCCGAAUCAGGCAGCCCCAACAACUCCACUUCUCAGGCCGACUCCUCGGCUGGGGUACAUCGGUACAGCUUAGACAUGUUAACGCCAGCUGGGGAUCCAGGUUUAAUUGUGCUCGUAGUGUGUUUAAGCAGCCCAGCCUUAUCGUACUGUUUUGUUUCAAGGGUGUUGGGGAAAUUAGGCCAGGUCCAAGAUCUUAGAAAUGAAGUUCUGUAACCCCCUGAAAAUGUGGACCCCGACUAGAGAAGCAAUUACGUCUAACUGAACUAGCAGACAUGGGAAUGUAGUGCCACUCAAUGUGAAGGGUUCUGCCCUCGAUGUCAAUAUGCUAUCUUACUGCUUGCAAAAUCAAGAGGAGCCAGAGCACUGACUUGGGCAGCAUAGGAUUUAAGUUAGCAGUAACAGGCUUGUGAAGCGUGAGAAUCUGUGUCCGUCACCACUAGGGUGAUAUUCCUUGGAAGAGCCAUGAAACGGAGUAUGUUCAAAACUACCUUUCGCUUUGUGGUCUCUAUGCUCGUGCUGGGCUUUGUUUGGUGUGAAACUUUAGCUAUGUGUUAAAGGAAGCUAUUUUUAAUAAAGAAUAGUCACUGUUGAUACUAAAUGUCUUUUGUUAAUUGGUGCUUUUUGAUAUUUAAAUAAAGGUGAAUGAAGAGUUUGUGCAACUAA